AUGGCGUCUUCAGCGAGCUCAAAGCCAGCCCGAGUAUCGGUAAAGACGACUCUGCCUGCCCGACCAUUGCCACCAAAUUCUAGCCGGCUUGCGGCCACAUCCGAUCGCUUGCUCAUUCGAGCUCUUGUUCCCGAAGACCUUCAAAGCUUGCAUGUGUUGCGGACACAGCCGGAAGUCAUGGCAACUACCCCCCAGCUGAGGGUCGAUAACAGUCUAGAGGAGACGAAGCCAUGGCUUGACCGAUUCCUCCCUCCUAACGACGAAGCAACUUUUCAUUUCGCUAUCUGUGUCAAAGAAACGGGCGAGAUGAUCGGUAUCGGAGGCUGCCAUGGGUUUACCUCUAUAUUUGGCUGGCCCGUCAUUGGCUACAUGUUUCGUAAAGAGUUUUGGGGUCAAGGAGUUGCAACCGAGUUUCUUCAUACCUGGCUGGGAAUGUGGUGCAAACUACCCCGAGAGGAAGUAGAGAUCGAUGUUGAUCCACGCACUGUAUCUGACGGAGAUGGUCUGGUGCCUGAACAGGUGACUGCUCUUACGAUCCUGGACAACGUCGGCAGCCAGAGAGUCCUAGAGAAAUGCGGUUUUGAGAACUUUGCAACAUGGCUAGAGCCAGACUUGAGAAACCCUGAAGUUGAUGUGUUGAUUUUGGGAUUCAGGCACUCUCCGAGCAAGGAGUCGGAAAUCUAG